AUGGAGGAGUCUGGCCGCAUUUACGUUACUAUGACCACUGGGGAGUACGAACUCUUCAAGGAGGCCAAAAGAUUGGCAGCCUCGGAGAGACAGGUAACUGUCUCGCGACCACGACAAGCCCCUACCGAGGCUUCCAAGGAACCCCUGCCUAUUUCAGAUUGGGGUUCCAAAAGAAAGCAGCUUGAGGUAGUUCCUCAGCAUCCUUAUCGCGUGCCUGGUAUAGGAUAUUAUCAGCUAGAGCCCCAAGCACAAAGCCUCAAGAAGGAGCAGCCUCAAGCAUUUGUGGCUGAGAGCUCACAGCCGCGGGAUUCGAAGAAAGGAAAGGCCCUCGUCAUACCUGAGGCAUUUCUCGAAGAUCCGGACGAGAAAGUACCUUUUUCAACUAGAAUUCUAAAUGAAAGACUACCCAAGGGUUAUAGAGCUCCAUCGAUCAGAGAAUAUGAUGGGAGCAAGGAUCCAGAAGAUCAUUUGCGAAAAUUCAAAAGCACAGCCCUGCUGCAUCAAUAUAGCGAUGCUGUCAAAUGCAGAGCUUUCCUGAAUACUUUAUCUGGUUCAGCUUUAAAGUGGUUCGAUGGGUUGCCUCAAGGGUCCAUCACCUGUUUUCUAGACUUCAAAACGACUUUUUUGCGACGAUUUGCCAGCAGUAAGAAAUAUCAGAAGACAGAUCAUUACCUUUUUGCUCUAAAGCAGGGGUCGACUGAGCCCCUGAGAAGUUAUAUCAACCGCUUUAAUCAAGUGGCUCAAGAUGUCCCUACUGCCACUUCGGAGAUUCUGAUGAGCGCUUUCUCUCAUGGAUUGGGAGAGGGAGAGUGGAAGAAGCGCAAGCAGCUCGAAAGAAGGCCGAAAGACCACUUCCUUCCACUACCAAGCAGGAAAGGAGAGCGCCUCAACCCGCCCCUCAACCCCUACCGCGAGUCCGGGAAGCCAGACCUGCAUGCCUUUCAUCUCGGGCCGGAAAUUCGACCUGCUCCUCGAGUUGCUGCUGUACACAUCCCCCGUCCAGGGCUAGGGAGUAAUCGGUACUGCACCUAUCAUAGAUCUCGCACACAUGAUACUAAUAGAUGUUUUCAAUUUGCUCGAGACUCUAAACGAGCUGCAGAGAUGAGUUUGCCCCCGCCUGAGCUAGCGCCGCAGUUGAUCAAGAUGAUGGAAGACCAAAGGAUGGCAGGGCAGGCCGGAUCAUCUCGUCCUGACCUAGCGGGACCUAGCACUCAUCAGCCUGGCCGGGGAAAAGAGCCGGAAGGAUCACGAGAGGUCGAAAACAGAGGUAACGCAGCUGUUAGAGAGAUCGACAUGAUUUCUGGAGGGCCGACCGACGGAGAUUCAGGGAGAGCACGUAAGUCUCAUGUUCGGCGAUUGGAGGUUCAUGCUGUCGGAUGCAGUCAGGAGCAAGCUGCUGGCCCUGUUCUUAGCUUUGGGCCUGCAGACCUGGAGGGUCUGGAGUUGCCUCAUGACGAUGCACUCAUCAUCAAAGCCAUCAUUGCCAAUAGUCGAGUGGCUCGGGUUUUUGUUGAUACCGGGAGCUCGGUUAACAUUCUAUUCAGGACCGCAUUUGAAGAAAUGCAGAUUGAUGCUGUUGAACUUCAGCCAGUGGCUACAUCUCUAUAUGGGUUUACUGGCAAUGAAGUGAAGCCUAUGGGUCAGAUUAAGCUGGCAAUAUCUUUGGGCACCGAGCCACUGGUGCGCACAAGGAGGAGCACAAUUAUAGUAGUGGACUCCCCUUCUUCCUAUAAUGUUAUUCUAGGGAGGCCCGCCCUGCACGAAUUUAGGGCUGCCGUCUCGACCUUUCACCAAAAAAUCAAGUUUCCUGUGGGCGAGCAGGUCGGGGAAGUUAAAGGAGAACAGAAGGUUUCUCGGCGGUGCUAUAUUGAUAUGGUCCGAGUGGAGGCUUGA